CCCCCACUUCUAAAAUGAAUCUGGCGCGCCUGACACACACCCUCUCACACACACCCUCUCACACACCCUCUGUGUUUUAGUGUCAGCACGCAGUUGCAUCUCAGAGAAACUCUCAAAACUGAAGAUGGGGAAAAUUAACGGAUGCAUCAAAUGCCUCUUUAUCUUCUUCAAUGUGGUGUUUGCAAUACUCGGCUGUGUGCUGGUCUACGGAGCAAUGCAGGUCACCGCCUUCAGCCACCAGGUAACGGCGGUGGGGGGUCCGAGUCUGGCCUGGAGUUGGGUGUUUGCCCUCGGUGUCCUCAUCCUCCCUGUCUUGGGAAUCGUUGCCGCAUGCAUGGAGAAAGAACUCCUCUUCAAAAUAUUUGCAGGCUUCAUGGUGGCGGGAAUGAUCAUCAUGCUGAUCUUUGGCAUUGUUGUUGUUGUCUCAAGAAACAAGCUGAGGGAUUCUUUGGACUCCGCUGAAGCGGCAAAGCCUUUCAUGGAAGACGAAGCAAUGAGAAAUAUGCUAAUGGCAUUCGAACAAUCUGCCCAAUGCUGUGGUGUGGUCAGCUCCAGCGACUGGGGAAACAACAUCCCUCGGUCCUGUGAGUGCAAGAUGCAAAAUACAGGAUUCCCCUUUUCAUCUGGAUGUAAAGCCAAACCUGUGGGAGCCUUCGGCCCAGACCAGAUCUACGCGACGAGCUGCAGCGGUGUUAUCUUUGGGUUUUUCGAUAUCUUCUUCAAGAUCUUUAUGGGCUUCUGCUUCACGUUUGCAAUCCUCGCACUGCUGGCCCUGCUGAUGAGCGUCCUGAUGAUCCAUCAGAUCAGAAAGCACGACAGCGGAGGAUCGUCCAUGGCCAUGAAGAGCUACUAGAGAACGCUCCUCUCGUGACCUCUGACCUUUAACUGGAGGCCUUACUUUACCUUUCAUAUUAUAUCUUCUCCUGACAUGUGGUUCAGGAAAACUGCUUUAUUACUUUCAGCUUUUUGUACUGAGGAGAAUGGAACUUGAGUUGCAAAACAUUUAUUUUUGUAAUCGCUCUUGUGUGUUUUGAUCGUUUGCUGUAUUAUAGUUAUAGAAUAGUGGUAUUGGGUAAACGUCAGGAACUUCUUCUGGAUCCAAGAAACCCAGUUCCCACGCUUUAUUUGUACGUUUAUGAGCAUCUCAUUUGCAUAAACAAAAUUACUUGCCAAUUGCUUUAUUUUUUAACCUUUAACUCUAUGAAAAAUUACAAAUGAAGUGUCCAUAUCUAUGUUUCGAUGGUCAGUGAUUGUAAGACAUUUCUGAAGUUAUCAUUAGGAAACAGUUUAAGGUGAAUGCCGCCACCUACUGUCCAGAGUGUGUAACGUCAUGCCUGAAAGAUGAUUACUCUGAGGAUAAAACAAACAAACCUUUAUUCUAGAUAUUAAUCCUGUAUUGUUGUGAUACUUGAAUAAAGCCAUUCGGACCUGA